UGUGUGUGUGUGUGUGUGUGUGUGUGUGUGUUUAAAAGUUUGUAUGAAAUUCUCUGCUGUGGUAUACCAUAGCAAGGGAUGGUCCUCACAUUCUAAUGCAAUGAAGGCCUUCACAGCAGCUCUGCUUUCCAUCCUUUUGGUCACUCUACAGCAUUCCUGUGCUGUGAGUCCCAUAGACUGCAAUGCUACUGAACCCCUGGCUGGGAAAGCUCUAGACCUGAUCAAUAAAGAACGUCGGAAUGGCUACCUUUUCCAGUUGCUGAGGGUCGCUGAUGCCCACUUGGAUAAAGUGGAAUCCACAGCUGUCUAUUAUUUAGUCUUAGAUGUGAAAGAAUCUGACUGUUCAGUCCAAUCCAGGAAACACUGGGAUGACUGUGAGCCAACUAUUGCUAGACGUCCAUCUGAUAUAGUGAUUGGACAAUGUAAGGUAAUAGCUACAACAUGUUUGAGUGAAUUUCAGGAUCUUAGAGUGAAUGACUUCAAUUGUACCACAAGCUCUGCCUUUUCUGCACUGGCCAACACUAAAGACAGCCCAGUACUCAUUGAUUUUUUUGAGGAUACUGAUCUCUACAGAAAAGAAGCAGAGAAAGCCCUUGAGAACUACAGAAGGGAGAAUAGUGGCUUCGCCUCUUUCAGAGUGGACCAAGUGGAGAAAGUCGCAAGAGCGAGAGGAGGGAAAAGAACCAAUUACUAUGUGGAUUUCUCUGUAAGGAACUGCUCUCAUCACCAUUUUCCCAGGCACCAUAUUGUGUUUGGCUUCUGCAGAUUAGAUUUGUCCUAUGAUGUAGGAAACUCUGACAUGGAAAAUCCAGAGGAUGUAGCCAUAAACUGUGAAGUCUUCAACCUUAAGGAACCUAGAAACAUCAGUGAUGUACAGCCCCACCUGGGGCAUCCCCUCCACUCUGGUGUGCAGAAGCACUUUCCUGCUGGGAAGCCUCCGUGUAAGCACAGUGGAUCCAGAGAUCACAGCCAUCCGCACAAGACACAUAAACUUGGAUGCCCACCUCCUCCAGAAGACAAAAAUUCCUCAGACAGAACACCACUUCAGGCAGGGGCUCCUCCACUCUUGCCCCCUUUGAGAUGUCAUCAUCUCCAUUCUGGCACCAAUGGAACCCGCCUGCCCCCUCAUAAUCAUAGUUCCAGUGAGCACCAUUCCCAUGAGCACAGUUCUCAUGAGCAUCCUCCUCAUGGACACUGUCCUCAUGGACAUCAUCCGCAUGGACAUCAUCCGCAUGGACACCAUCCCCAUGGACAUCAUCCGCAUGGACACCAUCCCCAUGGACAUCAUCCGCAUGGACACCAUCCCCAUGGACACCAUCCGCAUGGACACCAUCCGCAUGGACACCAUCCCCAUGGUCAUGAUUUUUAUGACCAUGGACCCUGUGACCCACCAUCCCAUAGCCAAGGUCCCCAAGAUCACCAUCACUGGGGCCAUGGUCCACCACCUAGGCACUCAGAAGAAAGAGGUCCAGGAAAAAGACACCUUCCCUUCAAAGGGAGACAAAUUGGAUAUGUUAACCGACUCCCUCCGUUAAAGAGCGGUGAAGUUCUUCCUCUUCCUGAAGCCAAUUUUCCCAGCCUCUCAUUGCCAAACCACAACCAUCCUCUGAAGCCAGAAUUUCAGCCCUUCCCUCCGUCAGCCUCUGAAUCAUGUCCAGGGAUGUUUAAGACGGAGUUUUCACAUGUGUCAAAGUUUUUUGCAUAUACAUUUCCAAAACGAAAUAUGAGUUCCUAGAUAAAUGAGUAAUGUUCUGAAUUAGAAAAAUAAAUAAAAUAUAACAAGUAAUAAAUGCAAAA